AAAAUGUUGAAAGCAUUUGGAAAUUUUGUUAUACAUAAUAGACUUCCCUUCAGUAUUGUUGAGUCACCGUGGACAAAACCACUUUUAAGAACAGCAGCAGAAAUCGGGCCUAAUGUAUCUCCACCUAGUGCUUAUGAAAUUGCAGAAGUUUAUUUGAAAAAUGAGUACAAUGAGAUGAAAAAAUAUAUAGCCUCAUUUGAUGGAAUAUGGAAGGAGAGGGGAGUUACCAUAAUGUGUGAUGGUUGGAGUGGGCCAACACGUAUGAGUAUAGUAAAUUUCCUUGUCUACUCAAACAGAGGCACAGUGUUCCACAAGUCUGUUGAUGCAUCCAAUGUGGAGCAUAAAGAUGGAGAAUACUAUUUUAAAAUCAUGAAAGAAGUAGUGGAAGAAAUUGGCCCUCAAAAAGUUGUCCAAGUGGUAACGGAUAACGAAGCUGCCAUUAAAUUAGGAGGGAAGAAACUAAUGGAGAAAUUCCCUAAUCUAUAUUGGACUGCUUGUAGUGCUCAUUGUAUUGAUUUGAUUUUGGAAGAUAUUGGAAAGAAGAAGAGUGUGAAAAAAAUAAUUGACCAAGCCAAGGUAAUUACUCAAUUUAUUUAUAAUCAUAAUUGGGUAGUCAAUUAUAUGAAGAAAUUCACGGACAAUAGAGAUAUUAUUCGACCUGGCAUCACUAGAUUUGCCACAAACUUCAUUGCUUUAGAGUCUAUUGUCCGUUAUAGGGUGGGGCUAAGGAAUAUGUUUGAAUCGGAGCAAUGGAUAAUGAGUAAAUAUGGGCAAGCAACAAGUGGUCCAGCGCAUGAAGCCAAGAAAAUUGUGCUUGGCUUAGGCAACGAAGGAAGAAACUUUUGGGAGAGGGCACAACAAAUAAUGAAAGUUCAAGAACCUCUCCUGAAGGUUUUAAGAUUAGUUGAUGGAGAUGACAAGCCAACAAUGGGAUUUAUAUAUGAGGCAAUGGAGCGAGCAAAAUUGGCUAUUCAAAAAAAUUGUAGAAGCUAUUUGGAAUAUUGGAGAAUAAUUGAUCAUAGAUGGAAUUUUCAAUUGCAUCAUGACUUACAUGCCGCUGGAUAUUUUCUAAAUCCUCAAUAUCAAUAUGGCCCACAUGAUAUUGGAAAUGAUAAUGAGAUCAUGUUGGGUCUCAAAAAUGUGAUUCAACGUCUAGAGGGGGAUUUAGUAAAUCAAGGAAAAGCAUUAAAUCAAGCCCUACUUUUUCGGGACAAAAUAGAGAGUUUUGGAACAGCUUUGGCGCAAAAGGCAAUUAAGUUCACUAAUCCAGCUGAGUGGUGGAUUAAUUAUGGAGAAAGUGCUCCUGAGUUGAGAAAAAUUGCUAUUAAAGUACUGAGCCAAACAACUUCAGCUUCAAACUGCGAGAGAAAUUGGAGUACAUUUUCUCUCAUUCACACAAAGACAAGAAACAGAUUGAAGUAUCAAAAAUUACAUGCACUUGUCUUUGUGCACUACAACAUGAGGCUGAAAAUCAGAAAUGUGACAAGAAAGAGCCAACAGGAGUUAGACAGGAGCUACGAUCCAAUUAAUUUGGAUUAUAUUUUUGAAGAAGAUGAUCCGUUAAACUCUUGGUUGGAGGAAAGGGAAUCUCCAUUGCUUGAUGGGCAACCAAAUCCAUGGUUAGAUGAUGAAGAGGCGGGUAAUGCUCCAUCACAGUCUGAAUCUGCCACUCAAACUCAAGGACAACAAGGUACUGCUGGUGAUGAUGAUUCUUUUAUUUUAUCCAGCUCUAGUAGUGAUGAUGAUGAUGGUGGUGGUGAUCAAGGUGGAGGAGGAACCACAGUUGAAGGAGGUGGUAGUCGUAGUUCACAAGAUCCACCUAGUCAAACACAAAGUGGAAUUAGAAUUGCUUCUGAACCAUCUCCGAUGCGUACAUAUCAAAGAUCACGAGGCUCUCAUAGUUCUAGUACUGGUGGUGCUGAAACAUCCCAAACAAGAGGUAAGGAUGUUGCAUAUGAGGAGGAGGGGUCAAUUGAUUCAUUAAAUUAUGGAUACAACGCUGGCACGCAUAAUCCAAAUUUUAUGUAUGGUGGUGGACCUGGUGGUAGCUCAUCAUCUGAAGAUACUUCAUCAAAUUAUGGGUUCCAUGGCCAAUUUAGAGGGGUGCCAUAUCCAACAAAUUAUCCUCCUACAUAUUCAUAUUACCCCUUAUCAGGAGCAGAGUCAGCUUUAUCAUACCCUCAGCCAACUUAUGGUGAUCCUAAUGAUAUUAUGGGUGGUGGUUCUUUAUUCAGUUUUGAUCCACAACAAUACUAUCAACAUCAGCAGCAUCACCUUAAUGAUCAAAGCUCAGAGAGCCAAAGUCAAGACCAACAAGAACCUGCACGACGUUCUUUUUGGUGGUAGUGAGGUUGGUAAUUUCCUAUAUGGCAUUUAAUUUAAGCUAAAUAGUAAUAUAUUUGAUAUAUUUAUGUUUAUUAUAUAUUUGUAUACAUUGUUCUGAAUUAAAUCUAUUGAUAUCAUAUCAUUUUAUGAACUUUGCAAAUUGAUUUGAAAAAUUUGCGUAGCGCCAGGCCGUUACCGUUACGUUACGGCUGUUACAGACCUGUUUCCGUUAUCCGCGAUCGCGAUUUAAAA